AUGUUGUCCCUUCACAUCCCGCUGUCUCACUCAAAGCCAUCGGGAUACCAGCUUUCGGAGCUUCCAAUCCCUAAACUCGGCAAUGAUACGGACGUUCUCAUAAAGGUUCAUGCUGCAAGCAUCAACCCGAUCGAUGUGAAAAGAGCCGGCGGAGAGCUCAAACAAGUGGUGAAAGACUCUUUUCCCUUUAAAAUCGGAUACGAUGCUGCUGGUGUGGUCACUCAAACUGGUUCUGGUGUGACCCGGGUCAAAGUCGGCGAUGCGGUUUAUGUCAGACUUCCGGAAAUCAAUCGAGGUUCAUGCAGCGAAUACGUGACAUGCUCGGAAGAACAGUUGGGCCUGAAGCCCCCUUCGCUGUCAUUUGAAGAUGCUGCUUCAAUGCCCCUGGCAGCCAUGACAGCGCUCCAGGCCCUCAGAAAAUAUGGCGAUCUUACAGGAAAGACAGUCUUUGUACCCGCUGGCUUGAGUGGUACUGGUUUAUUUGCAUGCCAACUAGCCAAACACGUGUUUCAUGCAAACAAAGUGAUUUGUACUGUCUCAACCUCGAAGAUUCCCAAGGUGAAAGAGCUUCUAGGUGAAGGGACUGUGGAUGAGAUCAUUGAUUACAAAAAAACUGACCCAAGAGACGUCAUUGAGAAAGGCUCAGUGGACUUCCUUUUCGAUACGGUCGGACUCGCCAUGCAAUAUCUCUGUCUCAUGAAGCCAAAUUCAAGCCGCAUCGUGUCUGUCUCUACUACGCCAUCAGCGACCGUGCUACAGAACUCUUCGUUAAUGAGACUACCUCACAAUCCCACGAUCCCGUCUUAUCUCCGACCCGUUUUGAACCUCAUGGACUAUAUUCGCAAGUUCAGAGCAGGUCGAUACGGGGCCGAGUAUGAGUAUAUGAUUUUGGAGUCUAGCGGCAAGGACUUGGAUGAGCUUAGGGGAUACGUUGAGGAUGGUAAGCUGAAGACCGUUGUAGGAACAAGUGUUGAGCUUCGCGACUUAGAAGCUGUUCAGAAAGCGUGCCAGGUUGUUUACGAUGGGAAGGGCGGCCUUGGAAAGUUGGUCAUUCUUGUUGCUAGCAUCGAGAGCUCAUGA